UGAGAAUUCUACUAGAGAGGAAAUGGCUGCCUCUUCUUCAUCCUCCUCAGUCGGUGCGGUCAGUGGAAGUUGUGUCACUGGAUCUGGUUUCAGUGGCUCAGACCUUGCCCCACCACGGAAAGCCCUUUUCACCUACCCCAAAGGAGCUGGAGAGAUGUUAGAAGAUGGCUCUGAGAGAUUCCUCUGUGAAUCCGUUUUCAGCUAUCAAGUGGCAUCUACGCUUAAACAGGUGAAACAUGAUCAGCAAGUUGCUCAGAUGGAAAAACUAGCUUGUCUGGUAGAAGAGCUGGAGGCAGAUAGUGGCGAUUUAAACCCAUCCAAGCAGCUGCUGGGGUUCACACCCUCUUCAGGUUGACCUUGCCUGGAUGGUCACCUCUGGGGUACAGCAAGUGCAGGUCCAGUGAGGAACUUUUCCUACAGCUUACAUAGCCAUCCAGAGAUUCACAGCUCCAUCACUGAAUUGUUAAUUCACA